AUGGCUGCCUUACCAUCCUCCCCGAGGUCACUUGCGUGGCCGCGAUCGUUACCGCUGAAACUUCGUCCUUUUCUACCUAAACUCGCGUUUUUUACAGGCUGUGUCGCAUCUGUCAUUUCCCAGCUCGGAGUUGCAGCUACCACUCAGCGAAGAGACACAGGGGCGUCUUCAAGUGAAUUAGGUUUCCUCCCUGUGCCACCUCCUGCCACGCUCGGUGAUUCACCCGACGACACCCCGGGACACGGAGGAAACAAACGUGGCACAGACGGAAAUGCUUCUUAUUCAGGUACCCGUAGAAGCCAAGAGACAAGACAUACAGAUUCGCAAGAAGAAGAAUAUGACGACGAGCAGGAGGAACCGGUUUCUAUACCUGUUGACAAACGAGUGGCGGCCCGCUAUCGCUUUCCUCUUCGCGAGGUCGACACGCGCCGUUCCCCCUCUACAAAGAAAGGCGGUAACGCCAUGAAGGAUUUGUUGUUAGAUACGUUCCCCGGUCUCGUCGCAGUGACCAUUUUGGGCCUACUUUAUAGGCGACUUUCGAAAGCUGAAGAGGGACCAGCUCCAGAAGAACCGUUAUGGCUAACUUACGGGCCACCUCCUGUGUACGAGCCAUGGCGAAGAGUGGCACGGAGACCCAGGGACGAUAUCAACGUUACACAACGUCCCUGA